AUGAAUCAUAUUAUUCAACAACCAAAGACCAAUCAAAAAUAAAAAAAGGUAUCUAAAGUAGUUUUGGCACAUCCAGAAAUUUAACCAAAUAAGACUCUUGAUGAAUUAAAAAGCAAGGAAUGGAUUGCAGCAAUACAAAAGGAAAUUGAUUAAUUUGAAAAGGCUAUCGUAAAUAAAUUAUUUAAUUCGUUAGCAUGAAGUAGAAUCUUUGUUUAAAGAAGCUUCAAUAUCUUAACAUUAAAUUAGUUUAGGAAGUGUUAAAUUAGUGCAUGAUGAUUAUUAAUUUGCUGCUUUAAAAUUACAAGUAUUAAGAGAAAUGCUAGCAAAAUAUUUAGAAGAUCAUACUAAAUACCAUCAAAAUAAAUAAAUAAUAAAGCCUCUGUACCAUAAAUAUGCAAAAACUGUUUAAGAGCAACAAUAACUCUCUUAGAUGACAAUAGAUCAACAAAAUUUAAAAUUCACAAUUGCAAAAGAAAGAGAGAAGAUAUAAUUCUAAUUUGGAGUUGCUUAAAGAGUUUUAGUUCUCAUCUAAGCCUAUCUGAAAUUGAAGGAUCAACAUGAGGAUCAAGAAGAUUUGUAAAAACACAGAGAUUAUAUUCUUUAAAAGAUUGACAAAAUCUAAAAGACAGAGGAAAGGCAUUCCAAGAAGAUAGAUAGACAUUUUAAUAAAAUUUUAAUCGAUGAUCCUAUCACAUUUAAAGAAAUUGAAUUUUAAGAAGAAUAAAUAGACGAUGACACUGGUUAUGAAGGAACUAAUACCACAGUAAGAGAAGAUUUAAUAAGUAAUUUAUUUAUUUAUUUUAUUUUAGAGUUGUGCGAUAGAUUGAUUGCUUACUUCAUAAAGUUUGAGAAGAAGGAAGGAGUAUUUAUAAUAAUUUUAUUUUUGAGGAUUUAUUCUUACAACAUGAUUUAGCAACUUACCAAUAUUUUGACCAAAUUAAAGUGGCUGUUCCAUUUUAUUCAAAUUAAAUUGAUAUGACAAUAGAUUUGAUUAAAGCCAAAAGAUCCUUUUUUGAGAAUGCCCCUGAUACUGAAUUUUUUUAAACCGGUGUUAAAAAAGCUAUUAAAUAAUAAGUAUAGAAAGUGGAUGUCACAAAUGAGUAAGAAUUUCCUAAAUUAUCAUGA